CUUGUGAUUCGCAACAGUUGUCCAUUUUCCAGAAAGGUGUUUACAAAACGUUUGGUUUAGAAAGCCAAUAAAUUAAGUAAUUAAUCGAUUAGGUGCCAAAAGUGAGUAGGGCACGAUGAAUUCGAACAAAUUUCGCCAAAUGGAAGACGAAAUGAGCCGCUUUGAGGCGGAAAUUUCGGGCCAAACAUUAAUGAGUAACUCGUAUUCGAGCGCCUAUGGACUCCCCAACUUUGGAAACAUCCCUCCACCUCCCACUCCUCCACUUCUUAUUCCUCACCAGGUGAAGAAGAAGGCCAAUUUCGACGUGUACAGCUCGCAGCCUGCGGUGGUCUCGGCCAAGCCUACCCUGUACACAAGUGCGACCAAAGCCGCCCAAGCCGCUGCCAUCGCCCAAGGGCAAGCUGCCGCAGCUGCGGCUGCUGCAGCCUCCAGCACCGCCAACCAGCAACAAGUUGACUUUAUUGCACUGCAGACGGAGGUUGAGAAGAAGUUAAAAAGAUUGAAGGGUGAGAAAGUUAGUGCAGAAUUGGCUAUUUCCCAAGGUAGGAAAGCGAGCGCUUUGCAAGCCUUCGGCUACGACGAUUACAGAAAAAAGGGGAACAAAAACCGGAAAUUGAUGCGUGUGGCUGGGGGGCAAACUUGGGAAGAUCUCUCAAUGAACGAUUGGCCAGACGAUGAUUUCCGAAUUUUUUGUGGCGACUUGGGGAAUGAUGUAACUGACGAACUCCUAACUAGGACUUUUAACAAAUAUCCCUCUUUUAAUCGCGCUAAAGUUAUCAGAGAUAAGCGCACUAAUAAGAGCAAGGGAUACGGAUUUAUCAGUUUUAGUGAUCCAGCUGAUUUCACCAAAGCCAUGAAAGAAAUGAACGGGCGAUAUGUAGGUAGCAGGCCGAUUAAAUUACGGAAAAGUACGUGGAGGAAUAGAUGUAUUGAUAUCGUUAAGAAGAAGGAAAAGGAAAAGGCCACUUUAAUAGCGAUGCUGACGUCGGGGAAUGGAAGGUGAAUGCGAAGUAAGCGGUUGGGUAUUUAUUCUUAAGUAAUUUUUUCAAUGUAAAUAUAAUAAAGCGAAUUUAUUGAGUCAA